CAUGUUUGCACGACGCGUUGUCGACAAUCGGCGGUGUUUGUUGCAUACGGCUCGGCCCAAAUCUCGCAAACACUCAAUCCUGCAAAGCAACAAGAACCAAACUUCAAAGUACCACACACACAACAUAAAUAAGGACGCUCUACACUGUUGCUCUUCAUCGGCAAGAUAUCGACGAGUGCUGUCUUUCACAAUCUUUUUAUCCUUCGCGAAGCAGUACUACACCACAAGCUGCGUAAAUUCAGCAACGAUCACGGACAUCUCUCACGGCCGGCUCUAGCCAUUGCGUCUCACAUAUUAGCGACGCACGCAUCAAGCGACUGCAACGAUACCGGCCACCAGUUGCCAUUGGCCAUACAAGCCGAACACAACACGACACCAUAUUCAAACAUGUGUCACCAAAUCUACACCCACUUCAUGACCUGCAUGAAGCAUGUCCCGUUACACACCCACAUGUGCCCAAAGAACAUCACCCAAGACGUCACAAGGAUACUCUAUUGCGAAGACUACCACACCGUCCGGGUCGAAUCGAAGGCCAUGUGCCCACACUGCAGGCCGUCGAGGAUGGUAACGCCUGAGCUCGCCUAUCCGACACCGCCGAAAACUGCCACUCCGAACUAGAGUUCGAAUCCAAAUGUGGGAAAUGUGGGAGCAGAUCUGUUGAACUUGUGCUACUGAGCGCGGUGGAGGAGGGCGGUCAUCAGGGCUAUGCACGAGCACAGGCUCCCAGGGCAGGAGGAAGUCGUGGAGUGAUAAAUGAGCCGGGUCAGACUUGUUUGUUGAAGUCACGCCUGAGAGGAACGAUCGGUGGAAAUACGGCCGGAGGUCGAGAAACGAAACCAUGAGUUGAUGAAACCGAAGGGAAACGAAGUGGCUUGUAAGAUGAGAAUCGAGGAUCGAAGGAGACAUAGCGGUGACAAUCGAAGGUGUACAUGCCAGCGAGUCGGUUCCUACUCCUUUCGAGACGUCCUUCAAUGCACUGGAAGUGACAGCGUGUAUGUAUCGAUACUUGGAGAUGAUGCUAGCCAGCUUGCUCGGCGAUUUGAGAGCAGUCCG